UUUUGGAUAUUGAACAUAUUUAUUUUUUAGUUUUAAUUUGUUGGUUUUGUUUUUUAGAGCGUUUUGGACAUCAGCGUGUACGUAGUCGAAGACCGGAGAAACUAAGUGGCUACUUGGACCGUUUAUCGAUGAUCACUAUUAUCGUGGGAGUACGUUGAAGGUACAUUUUGACAACAAUUUUAGAUUUGGAGAACGAAUUCACUUGCAGUUGUGGUAACACAUUAAAAUUAAUGUCCUUGUACUGUUAAAAUUAAAAAAAUAAAUAUUAUUAAUGCACAAUAAUAUUAAUAGCUACAUUCGAGUUGACUAUUAUUGAAACUUUGACAAUUAAGACAGUUGAGCAGCUGAGACUAAUUUUUUUAUUCACAUAAUAUUAGCAAAGGCAACAAAAACAAAAUAUCAACCGAGGCAAUUGUUUAAACAAAUGGGUCAAAUGUAUAAAUCGAAACAGUUUUAGGUUAUUUCAAUGAAAAUUCCAAAUUAUUAAAUAAAUAUAAAAAGUAAAGGUCUACUUUAGGUCUUUUGGCCUAUCUUUAAUCUACCUACAUUUGUACAAAGGUAACAAAAUAAAUGCACAAACGCAUAUUAUUUUAACACUAAUUCAGCUUACUCAAGAGUAAAGAACUUAGAUUUUUUCCCUAGCGUGAAGGAAGUGGCGCCUUUUAGCGGCCAAAUUACAGCGUCCACUGUCGCGCUUCCGGAAGCCCGUAGAUGGCGCCAAACGUGCACUUCCUGUGGCCGGAAGCGACGUCCCGUUUUGAGCACCCCCUCCCCUGUGUGUGGCACGAUAGUAAAACAGUUUUUUAAUUUGUUUCUCAGUUGAAAUAUGAAAAAUUAAUUAUUAAAAAACAACAUUAACAGUAAUGGUGUUGGACUAGCUGUUAUUGUUUUCUCGUGAAAAAAUAAUAAUAUUAUCUUACACCCGCCCAUCUGUACUGUACCAUGACCCAAUUCGGUCGGCACUUCUCGCCUGGCGGCACUGCGCAUCCGGGAUUUAAUUUAAUACAUUUCUAUUGUUGCCACCAGUAUUGACAUAUCCUUCCUGGAAUCGUUCAGCAGGCCCCUGGAUGAGCCACACCCAUCCAGGCAGCAGCAGCAGCAGCAGCAGUACCGUUGGCAGUGUGUAGUUGGCGCUUGCAGAAAGUUCUUGGACUUUUUUCUAAGUUUUGUCUUGCCAAUUGUGUAUUUUUGUGAAAAUGAAAACCGCAACCUUCAAACGUUACGUUGUCCUGGCCGUGAUGAUGGCAUCGUUGGUCGUCGGCAAAGAAACUGCGGACUCUGUCAAACCGGAGUCCCCGAAAUUGACACGGCCGGAUCUGUUCUACCAGAACAACACGAUAAUAAUGGUGACCUGGCCGAAGCCUGCGACGCCCUUGGACUACCAGUUGGACGUGAUCGUACAAUACGGAGUAACCGUGCACGACCUCAUGGCUAAUACGGCUUUGUUCUUUUCUCUGAUCAACCACGGCACCCAGACGUUCUCCUUCAACCUCGACAGAAACUACCACUACGUUCGCGUGGCCGAUUGCUACAACAAAUACAAUAACGUCGAACAGACAUCGUUCAUGGUCAGAGCCGUCAUCAACCGCGACGAUCCGAACAAACCGCUUUACGGCCCGUGGUCGCCGUCCAGCGAAGUGACUUGCGCCAUACUAGAUCACAUGUUGGUGUUCAUAAUGCGUACUACGGCUUGGUUGUUUGUACUGGUUUGCGUCACAUACUUCAUGCUUUUCGGGAUCAGGGUGUACAAUCUUUUUAGACUUUGGCACAAGUACAGAGCGAUGAGCGACGUGCAAAUAGUUUUGCCCAGAGCCGACACCGGUGGCAAGAAACCUAAAACGGGACCAGGCAGACUGGAAUACGGACCAGCUGGCCUCGAGGCAAACGGUUAUGAUUACCGCUGUGUUGUUCACAACGUCUACAUAAAUUAAUCUCAUUUAUAUUUUAUACUUAAUCCCCUAACGCACUUUCGACUAAACGAAAUGAUAAAAACAAUGUGCCAUAAUUUCCAAUUAGCUUUUCUCUCUUCAUACCGACAAAAUGUCGCGGUAAUGUAAUUUUUACUAAGAUUUUACGUGUUGUGAGUAAUUUUUUUUAUUUCUGAUCUCAUUAUUUUAUGUACCCUCCCCUUUUUUACCUGCUUAUCGUUGCCCGACUUGUUGUACUUUGACCGUGCUAGUCCCGUAUUAUUGUAUAAUAAUAUAUGUAAUAUCCCCAAAUAACGCUCAUAUCUUUUGUGUUGAAUUUUCUUAUUAUAUUGUUUGUGUUCUACAAUGUAUCGCGUAAUAUUUAUGUCUAGUCGUAAUAUAAACAACGUUUGA